AUGGUUCUUCAAUUUAUCAUCUGGGGGUCUGUAGAAGCUGAAAGCACCACCUGGCUCCACAGACUCCUUCGACGCGGACUCAGCCAGAAUGCAAAAGGUGAUGCGCUCCGAUACGCAACCGAAAAGAACAAAGUUGAGCAUGUGAAACUCCUUCUAGACUACGGUGCGCCAAUCGAGGCAGAAGGCUUUUCCACGUUAGAGCGGGCCUUUGAUGGAGGCGCUUGGGAGGUUGCAUCUCUUCUCAUCCAACAUGGCGCAGACGUCAACCGACCGUCUUCUGGUGAAACACUCAUGCACAAGAUGGCGCGGCUUGCUCCUAGCGAGGUCUUGCGCCUGGCCGUUGAGAAAGGGGGUGAUCUGACGGCAAGGGGGGCAUUCGGGCAGACGUUGAUACACACUGCGGCAGACAGGGGGAACAUAAACAACUGUCGCCUACUUGUUGAAUUAGGAUCCCCAAUAGACCCAUUAGACAACCACGGACAAACGCCGCUUAUUUACGCCAUCAAGAAAGGCAAUGUGCCUGUGGUGCGAGAACUGGCUAGUAGGAACGCGGAUGUGAACGCCAAGGAUAGGAAUGGAAACACUGCAUUGCAUCGUUUGGUGGAUUUGCCUAGUUUCAUGCAUUAUAUGUGCUAUGAUAUGGUUCCUGUCCUUAUCGAGCUUGGUCUUUCUAUCAAUGCAAGAAAUAACCAGGGACGGACUGCCCUUCAGCUGGCAGUUGAGAACAAAAAUCAGGUUGCAGUAAGACAACUUAUUCUUCUUGAUGCAGAUUCGGAGGUCAGAGAUCUUCAUGGUCUCACUGCGCUGCAACCAGCCACGCUCAGCGACCAAAACGACAUGGCUAGUUUAUUGAAGCGGUUAGCAGAAAGAAAGGAUGGAGCAAGCCUGGGCAUGGAAUUGAAGCACGAGUAUGUCGAGGCAACAUAUUCGGGUGGAGAGGACCCAGCAAGGCGCAUUACACAGAGACGAGAAACAUCAAGCUUGGAGACAGCGACUGAAGGUCCGCAAAGGCGAGAAUCAGAAGCGUGGCUGAACCGAAUCAAGCUUUCGCCAAUCACGAGUGAAUUGAUUUCCGAGUUUUCUAAACUCGAUAGGAUUAAGAUCGCUGUUCUAGAUACGGGGUACGACCAUGAGAGCGACUUCUUCCGAGACAAACAGCGCAGACGUCGGAUUAAAGCCUUUCAAGAUUGGGUUGUCAAAGACUCGACUACCCCUGAGGAUGAAGAUGGCCAUGGAACGCAUGUCUUGUCGCUGGUGAUGAAGAUUGCGCCGGCUGCAGACAUUUUCGUCUGCCGAAUCGCGAGAGGGCGGGAGCCACAAGAUCUACGGGAAGCGAGUGGUAAUGUAGCGGAUGCCAUUACUCGAGCCGCGAUAGACUGGAAAGUCGAUAUUAUCUCGAUGUCCUUCGGCUAUCCAGAAGAGGUUCUCAUCAACGGAGUGGGAUUUAUUAGCAACGCGAUCUCGCGAGCUCAAUCAGAAAGAAACCAACGGCUCCUUUUCUUCGCUGCAGCUUCAAAUGGGGGUCCCACAGAACAAGAAAUAUUUCCGGCGAACUCACCUUCUGUCAUGUCUAUUCGUGGCAGUGACGCUAAGGGCUGGCUCCACUUAUUCAACGCACUUCCGAAUUCCGAUGAUACCAAGUGUUUCAUGACACUUGGCCAGUGUGUUCCAGGUGCGUCACUGAGCCGAGACAACGGUAAAGGCGAAGUAUAUAGAUCAGGAACGUCCUCGGCUACACCUAUUGCGGCAGGAAUCGCAGCUCUCAUCCUUGGUUACGCUAGGGUGCAUGAGGAAGAGCUGAAGAGCCUCCUUGGUGAAGAUAAGCAUAAGCUGUCGAAGCUCUGGCAGAUUUCAGGCAUGCGUGCAAUGUUUGCAGCUAUCUCAAGUGAACCAUUUCAUCGGUGUCUCUCACUAAACCCGUUCAUGUUUACGGCUGAGAGUCACAAUAGACGGUUACAUUUGAUAACGGACGCGGUGUGGAAAGCUAGAUAG